UUUUUCCCCAUUCUUAUAGCUGCCUUUAUCAUUUUCAACUCCUUCACAGUUCAUAUUCCUUUUCCUCUCAACAAUUCCCAUCCCCUUUGCUUUAUUAGUUUAAAAAUAGUAAUACUUUAUACAGAUUGGGAAAAAGCCAAAAUCUUGUUCGUCAAGCCCAAUAUGCUUUCUUGAAAUAGCAAAAAAAAAUGGGUUGAGGUAACAGGAACUUGAAGAAGAAGAAAAAGGGUGUUGAUUCGUGUUGUUGUUGAAGAAAAGGAAGCAAAAAUGGUGGUAAGGAAAGUUGGGAAGUAUGAAGUUGGAAGGACAAUUGGAGAAGGAACGUUUGCUAAGGUUAAAUUUGCUCAGAAUACUGAGACGGGUGAAAGUGUCGCCAUGAAAGUCCUCGAUCGAAGCACUAUCAUCAAGCACAAGAUGGUUGACCAGAUAAAGCGGGAGAUAUCCAUAAUGAAGCUUGUUAGACAUCCAUAUGUAGUUCGAUUACAUGAGGUUAUAGCAACUCGCACGAAGAUCUAUAUUAUCUUGGAAUUUAUCACAGGCGGGGAACUGUUUGAUAAGAUAGUCCACCAUGGACGAUUAAGUGAGGCCGAGUCUCGAAGAUACUUUCAGCAAUUGAUUGAUGGAGUUGAUUAUUGUCACAUCAAGGGAGUUUAUCAUAGAGACCUAAAGCCUGAAAAUCUUCUGCUAGAUUCCCAAGGAAAUCUGAAAAUAUCAGAUUUUGGACUUAGCGCAUCACCUGGUGAAGGAGUCAACAUCCUUAAGACGACAUGUGGAACUCCCAACUAUGUUGCACCAGAGGUUCUUAGUCACAAAGGUUAUGAUGGUGCUGUGGCUGAUAUCUGGUCCUGUGGUGUCAUCCUUUAUGUUCUGAUGGCAGGUUAUCUCCCUUUUGAUGAGGUUGAUCUCACUACACUGUACGCAAAGAUUGACAAAGCAGAUUUUUCCUGCCCAUCUUGGUUUCCUGUUGGAGCAAAAUCUCUGAUACAUCGAAUUUUAGACCCAAAUCCUCAAACCCGUAUUCGGAUUGAAGAGAUCCGUAAUGAUGAGUGGUUUAAAAAAAAUUAUGAUCCUGUCAAAGUCAUGGAGUAUGAAGAUGUCAAUUUAGAUGAUAUUAAUGCAGCUUUUGAUGAUACUGAGGAGGAAGCAUCCAACGAGCAAUGUGACAAUGCGGAUGCUGGACCUCUGGCUCUAAAUGCCUUUGACCUAAUUAUUCUCUCUCAAGGAUUGAACUUAUCCAUAUUGUUUGACCGUGGGCAGGAUUCAAUGAAGCAUCAUCAAACACGCUUCCUAACACAGAAACCAGCAAAAGUUGUUUUAUCAAGUAUGGAAGUUGUGGCCCAGUCCAUGGGUUUCAAGACCCAUAUCCGCAAUUUUAAGAUGAGGGUAGAAGGUCUCUCCGCAAACAAGACUUCACAUUUCUCUGUAAUUCUGGAGGCAAGUUCACAUCUUUCCAAAGCUGUUUCAAUAUGUGUGGCACUCUUUGUGUGCUAGCUAAUAUUUAUUAUUCAACAGGUUUUCGAAGUUGCUCCUACAUUUUUCAUGGUAGACUUUCAGAAAGCAGCCGGUGAUGCUAGUGAAUUCCUCAAGUUUUACAAGAACUUUUGUGGCAAUCUUGAGGACAUUAUCUGGAGGCCACCGGAUGAAUCAUGCAAAUCAAGAGUUACAAAAGCAAGGAGUAGAAAGAGAUGAUAUUUUAGCAUUAGAGAAUCUGUGUGUACUUUGUGUUUGUAUAAAAGAUUACAGUUUCUUGAACCCUAUAGGCAGUGAGUACACUCUUUUAUAGUCGAGCCAAGUGAGGGGUAAAGCUUCCACGCUUUCCCCAGGUUUUGUAUCAAUUAUAUCGAUGUGGUGAAAAUUUAUCAUCUUAGAGCUGAG